AUGGAAUUGAUGUUUGCACUGACUCCAGGCGACACACUGCCGACCACUGCAGACUACAGUGAUGUGAAGCUGUUCUAUGAGGGAGGGGGACUACAGUCUAUUGCUGCGGUGGCUCUGUCCGACACCCCGAACCUGUCACUCAUCAAGGAUGUUGUUGUCAACGUUGAACGCAUUUGUGUAGACGAAGAAGGCAACAAAACCCCUACAUCACACUCAACAUCUGCGCACUCGCCCCCAGUUCCACCCUUCCACCCCUCCCCCCCCAUUCACCCCGCAAAACCCCAUCCCCUCGCCACCCCGGCCCAUCACUACCCCAUCAUCUCACUCCCUCUACCCGGCGCCCCGCACGAUCCCCCCCACUCACCCUACCCCCCUUCACUCCUUGUGGGCGCCUACACUCCACCGCCCCCCUCGCCCACUCCCUCCCUCUACCGUCCCCAUCCCCCCCCCCCACACCCUCCUCCCCCUUGCUCACCCCGAGCGCGCCCUACAUCCACCUCACUCCUUCUAACGCCCCUUCCCCGGCUCUGGUCAGCAACCCCCUACCAGCGAACCGCACCAGCGCCCCCCCCACCUCCACCCCCAGCCCUCUGCCCCUUUCGUGGCAACCCGCGCCCCCCCCUCUCCCUCCUAAUCCCUCCCGCGCCGCCCUUACCAUGCCCACAACCCCCCCGACCCCCCCCAACCACCCCCCAACACGCCCCCCCCCCGCCUUCCCCGUCCCUUUACACUCCUCCCCCUUCUCUCACCUCCACCAUCUACCUUAAUACCCCCCACUACGCCCACUUCCCCCCACCCCCCCCGAGCCUCCCCACAGUACGCUCCUUCCCCUUCAGCCUAGCCCCACAUCCGGCCUGCCGUCCCACUCCACCCCCUCCGCCCCCGUCCCCUCAUCCCCCCCACCCUCCCCCCCCCCAGUUCCCCCACCCCACUGCAACAAGCUACAUCCCCCCCCAACCCACACCCCAGCCAACCUUCCCCCUCCCCUCCCCCUUCUAUCCCCCUCCCCCCCCUCCGUCUUCCUCCCGCCCCCCCACCCCGCCCAACGCCACCGGCCCCCGCCCGCCCAGCACCUCACUCCAAUACCCCCUCAUUACCUUCUCCCCCUCCCCUACUCCAACCACUUACCCCCUCCCCCCGCGCCCCCCCCCCUCCUUCCAUCCCUUCCCCCGCUCCGACCCCAACCCCCUCCAGCACCACCCCUCCCCCGUCCUACAUUAUCCUCACCCGCGCCCCAUCAUCCUUACUGUGACCACCCCCGCUCCCGACGCUACCCCCCAGCCUGACCGAGCCACUCACCUACCGCAACCUCGCACCGACAUCUCACCACACUCGGCCCCCCCACCUCCACCCCAUCACAACGCCCUGCCCGCACUUCCCGCGUACUUCGCGCCCCUCCCCCACCUAACACACCCCCCGCCGCCCCCUUCCCCCUCCCCUCAUACACCUCCUCGUCACCCCCCUUCCCCUCCCUCCCCCCGCCUUACCCCCACGCCACCACACCCUACCCCCACGCUACUCCCUUUCUCCCCCCCGCCCCCCCCCCCCACCCCCCCACCCACCACCUCUCCCCUGCGCCUCCUCCCUACACCUAAACCUUGCACCCGCCCAUCCCCCCCCUCCAUCCCCACCCCCCCCCUACUCCCAAUCAUCCUAGGAGCCACUCCCCUUCCCCCCUUCCUCGCACCAACCGCAUACCUCUUCCUCACACUCCUAUGCUCGCCCGCCCACAACCCUCCUUGGCCGCCCCCUCCCCCUCCACCCCCAACAUAG